AUGGCCUCAUUCUUCCUGAAACUAACGCUAAUAUUUAAACGGGUUUUACGUGAUCCGAAGCUCCGACAACCAUUCCAGUUAUUCCUCGAACAGCAAUUUUGUGCUGAAAAUUUGAAUUUCUACGUAGCAGUGGAACGGUUUCGAGAUAUGCAGUUCAACAACGAAAGCAAGGCCUCAGAACGUGCCAAUUUUGCACGUCACAUAUAUGAAAGGCAUUUUGCUGCAAAUAGUACGGAACCUGUAAAUGUGGAUAAUUCAACAAGCAAACGCAUUCGCGAAACUAUGCAAGCAGGCAAAUAUCCUCGCAACACAUUUGAUUUAGCUCAGUAUCAGGUUAGUGCUCAAAAUGUUCCAUUUAUUGUAAUUCUGGAUAUAUCAGUUAUAAGUAACUUUUAAGU